UAGAUUGUGUCAAUAAAUGAAACGCAUAUUUUCAUAAAAUUUAUGUAAUUAAAAUCGUAUUGAAUCUUGAUAACUUGAUAUAUUAUAAAUAUAGAUGAUUAUAUAUUAUCGAUAUUAAAAUUUUUUUUAUGUGAAAAUCUUAAUGAAUAUGUUUUUAUAUUAAUUAUUAUAUAUAUCAAGAUGUUGAUUUUUUGUAACGUAAAUAAGUAAUUUCAUAAUCAUUCUAUUUAAAAAUAAAAUUUAAUUCAUGAAUAUAAUUAUAAUAACGGAACUAAUAAUUUUGAACAAUGUUUAAAUCAAAUCAAGAACCUGAUAUACCUGCAGCAUUAGGUCUAUUGUCACAUCUAACAAACGACGAACUAAAAGAAUUAUUAAAUGAUGAUUCAAAAUUCGAAGAUAUUGUGAAAGAUGUAAAACAGUUUAAAAAUUUAGAAACUGAAAAGGAAUUAUUAAUGGCAAGUAACACAUCUUUGGCAGAGUUUAAUUUAUCGAAACAACCUGAAUUACAAGAGGGUAAACAAAUAUUAAAAGAACUUAGUGAAAAAGGAAAUAGAUUAUGCAUAAGUGUAAAAGAAAAAUUAGAAGAAAUAAAAAAUAAAUCUGGAGAAAUGACUGCUGAUACUGCAUUAGAUUUAUUACAAACAGCAGCAGCUGAAAUUGAAGAAGAAUCAGAAACCAUAGCUGAAAAAUUUUUGGCUGGAGAUAUAGAGGUCGAUGAAUUUUUAGAGCAGUUUUUAUCACGGCGUAAAUUAAUGCAUCUACGUAAAGUUAAAGUAGAUAAAUUAAGAGAAUUAAUAAGAAAAUCACAUGCUGUGACUAGUGGUCCUGGAUAUCCAAUUGCUAGUAAUUUUCAUAACUUAGUUCCUGCAAUUCCUUAUCCAACUGGACCUGUUUCAAUGCCAAUGCCUGUACCAUCAGGUUUAUCACAUUAUAGGCCAUAUUAAAUUAUAUCUGAUAUAGAAUGAUGUUAUAUAUUUAAAACAAUUUAAUCUUUAAAUAUUAAAUUUUGCAUUAUAUAUAAGAAAUAUUUUAAUUACUAAUAAUUUUAAUGAAUAAAAAAUAUGAAUAUUGCAUAUAAUAAAACAAUUAUUAAAUCAAUCAUUUUAAUUUAUAGUUAAUAUAAAGUUAAAAUAAUUUAUAAGUAAAUUUUAUAAUGUUAUUAUAAUAUAGACUUCAUUUCUUGAAAUAUAUAUUAAAAUUACUAUAUGUAUAAACUAUAUACAUUUUUAAAAUUUUACAAAUGAUUCAUUUUGAUCCAUGUUUUUUUCUAUCAGUAUAAUAUUGGUAUGACAUUUAAUGUUAGUUUUUUGAUUGAAUUGAUAUUAAUAUUAAUAAUAAUUAAUUCAAAUAAAUAUAUAAUUUUAAAUAUAAUUUUUUUUAAACUAAAUUUAAAACUAAAAUUAAUAACUAAUUGCAAUAAUUUUGUUAUUAAAUUAAUUUUAGAUUUAAAGUUUUUAACUAUAUUAAAUGUAAUAGAUAUGUUUCAUUAAUCAAUUUGUAAUUUAAUAUAAUUAAUUAGCAAUUAAUAGUAAAAACUUACAUAGAUAAAAAAUUAAAAUUUUACAUAUAUUUCUGAUUUAUGUCUGGAUGAAUGAAAUAAACUUAAUAUUAUUUUUUAUAUACAUAUAUUAUGUUUUAUAUUUUUAAUUAUAAUGUUUUCCUAUAUAAAAUCUUUUAAAUAAAUAAUAAAUAAUUCUAAUCAGUUGA